UGCCAGCAUUUCCCCCGUGUAUGUAAGCUGUCAAUAUUCGCCGAGAACCACACCUCGAGCGCUCCCGACAAAUCCAGCCUAUAUCCGUUAUCUGUUGUCGGAGCCUGACCCUUCAUAAUCCGAGCAAUCACUUUUUCCCAUAGCCACCUCAAAGCGCCAAGUCACAAUGGCGGCUUCUCUCGUAACGCAUGUUGCGAAAGGCCAUCAAACCAGCAACCACAUCGAUUUCCCAAUUGCAUUUGAACAAUUUCAUGAUUUACCCGAGACGAAUCAACGACUUCUUGGCGAGCACCAUCCCAGCGGUACUGUGACACCCUUGGCUUUGAGGCCUUCCAGCCAACUCGAAGAUAUUCAGUUGCAUGUGGUCGUCCAUACUCUAGAAUCUCUCCAGAGACAAGACUUGCCCAUUCACGGCGCCGAGGAUUUUGGCAAGUUCGCACACGCUUUCGGAUACAAACUACAUGAGAUCAUCGGCAUUGUAGUCGAUAGACCGUUGUUAGCGCCAAAAGUGGCGCCUGCAAAUGAAAGUCCCAAAGAAGUUCUCAUCUACAACCACAACGAGUCACCCCAGGUCCCGCACGCUCCCGAAUACGUUUUCUUCUAUAAUCACAAGGCACUUUCGAAAGGGGGCGAGUCCCCCAUUUCUUCAUCACUAGAGCUAUUCCAUAGGGCCAAGAAUGAGAUCCCGGAGUCCAUCCAGGAGUUGACCGGCGAAGGUAUUUUGAGCAGGGUCACCUACAAAUUCGACAAGCAGUACACGGGUGGUUCAACUCUGCAACAAGCGUGUGGGAAAGAUUUUUUGGAAGGCGACAGUGUGGCCACAAAGCGCACUAAGAUCGAGGCGCAGAUUGCUAGAUAUGGAAGAGGGAAACAUACGACAUGGGAAUGGAUAGAUGACGGCGUGGUGCUGACACAUAGGUUACCCGCAAUUCGAGGUCAGCCAGGCACGGGACUUCCGACACUCUUCACUGGACUAGCUGCCUACUGGAAGAACUCUCAAGGGGGCAAUGGAGCCAGGAAGGAGGUCACCAAACAGCUCUACGGCGACGGCACGCCAAUUCCGGACAAGUAUCUCGAACACUUGGCGAAGAUCACAGAUGAGAUCCGAGUACUCCACAAUUGGCAACAAGGAGAUGUUCUCGUGUUCGACAAUGUCAUUGCUCAGCAUGGUAGACAGCCCUGGGAAGGCGAACAAUCAGAUCGAGUGGUGCUUGCUAGAAUACCAACACUUUUCGAUGGGGACAGCGUGCCAGGAGCGUAUGGGGAUGGCGACUGGGUUCAGGUUGUUCAGGCAUUAGAUGGUUGAUCAUACUGUAUAGAACUGGGAGGUUUCAUAUACUGUCAUGAAAAGAGCGAUAUAUCGUGAGAAGUGGAUGAAUGUGUAAUUUCCAUAUCAAAGGAAGAAAACGGCUGGCUGGCUG